GAAAUUGAAUGACAACAAAUGUCAAUGUCAGGUGGCACGCAUGCCGUAUAUUUGUAUUAAUUUUUAUUUGAUUAUUAAUUAAAUAAUCCGUAAAAUUACACAAUAUUUACUGAAAUUUCAUUAUCACAUGAUAUAAAAUGGGUAAGAAAAACAAGGAUUCGCUGGGACGGGCUCUUAUCAAAGACAGAUUUUCAAAAAAUCGUCAUCGCCGACAUGUGGAAGACAAUACAAUGCUGCAUACCACAGAGGUCAAUGAUGGAUAUGAAUGGGGUCGGCUGAACCUGCAGUCAGUGACAGCGGAGUCAUCACUACAAGAGUUCCUCUCUACCGCUGAGCUUGCACAAAGAGAAUUCAUUGCUGAGAAACUUAAUGUAAAAUAUGUUAAGUCAGCACCUGCUGCGGUUGAACUUGUCACUUCACAACCUAAUUUUGACGAACCAUUGACAGUACCAAGAAGACCUCUGUGGAACCCAAGUAUAACAGCUGAAGAACAGAUUGGCCGCGAAAGAGAUGCAUUCUUAGACUGGAGAAGGCAUCUCAAUGAACUGCAAGAGAAGCUCGGAGCUGCGGUCACACCAUAUGAGAGGAAUUUAGAGUUAUGGAAACAAUUGUGGAGGACUUUAGAGAAAUCAGACAUUGUAAUGAUACUUUUGGAUGCUAGGAAUCCUUUAUUGUUCAGAUGUAUGGACUUGGAGAAAUAUGCAGCUGAACAAAAAUGUAAAUGUAUACUUCUACUAAACAAGGCUGAUCUGACAACUGAGUAUGUGAGGAAAUGUUGGGCGGAGUACUUCGGAAAAGAGGGUGUAUCAGUAAUAUUUUUCUCAGCUGCAAAGGCAUCGAAAGAAAGAAAGCUAUCUGAAGAAGAUGAAACAAAUAAGAAAAGACAAAGUAUAAGUGAAGAUAAUUCAGACACGGAAACAGAAGGUGAUGAUGAUUCUGCCAUUGAUGUUGAUGAAGUAAAUCCUUUGAAAGAAGCAGAAGAUGAUAUUGAAUUAUUUAAAAAACAAUUGGGUAUAAUUGAUGAAGCAGUUACAAAUACAGCAUCAAAAUUGGACAGAAUUCAAGAGACUUUAGACAAAGUCAUUGAAAAUUUGAAAUUAGGAAAACCUAUUGACUUUCAAGAAGAAAAUAAACCAACUGUAAACGAUAAUGAAACAAAUAGUAAUACAGAUAAUGAAAUACAAAUGCAGAAUUCUCAUGAGAUAUUCGGUAGAGAAAAACUAUUAGAAGUUUUGAGGAAACUGAAAACAAGAAACUUGAAAAAUCCUCCGAGAUUGACAGUCGGUAUGAUUGGUUACCCAAAUGUUGGGAAAUCAAGUUCAGUUAAUGUUUUAAUGCAAACUAAGAAGGUGAGUGUAAGUUCAAUGCCGGGUCACACUCGGCAUAUACAAUCACUAAUGCUGGAGGACGACAUCGAACUCCUGGACUGUCCCGGUCUAGUGUUGCCAGCGUACGCGGUCGCGCCCGACCUUCUGUUGACAGCGGUGUUGCCUAUUGAUCAGAUGCGUUCUCACGACGCGGCGAUGGCUCGUCUGUGUGAAUUGGUUGGUCGACAUACGUUUGAGGAGAAGUACGGUUUGUUGUUGCCCGAACAACAGGAAGGGGAGGGAAAUGAGUACAAGAAGAUACUCACGGCGCAUGCCUUUAACCGCGGCUUCAUGUCGGCGGCUGGUCAGCCCGAUGUGAGCAGGUCGGCGCGACUGUUCCUGAAGGAGGCGGCGAGCGGGCGGCUGCACUGGGAGCAGCUGCCCCCAGGAUACCAGCCUGCACCACUCAACUGUAGGAUACAGGAGAAGAGGAACGAGACCAGGAAACCCACGCCCAGGGAGACUAGAAUGGUCGAGGGUUGGAGAAACACAUCAGCGGAGAUAGACAGUGCAUUUUUUGCUAUGAAGAAAAGUACGUCGCAUGUCAAAGGAAAACCCAUUUUAGGGAUAACUGGGGCUCAGUCAGCUGACAGGCCAGUUGUCGGCAAACCCUGGAAACAUGAGAAAAAACACGCUAAUAAAAAUAAGAGAGAAAAACUCAGAAGAGUCUAUGCCCAUUUAGAUGAACAUUAACUAUACU